GAUAUAUUCUUCCAGCAGGACGUCAUGACAGCCACCAAAAACCAUGGUAUUGAUAUGGUACUCAAUUCUUUAUCCAGGAAACUCCUGCUGGCCUCAUGGAGUCAUAUUACUGAGUUUGAGACCAUGGUUAAGAUCAGUAAACACAAUUUCUACCAGCACGCAAUGCUCUUUAUGGAGACGUUCGAAGCCAAUCAAAUAUUUAUUAGACUGGAUCUCUGGCAGUUAUCUUAA